GAGCCUCAAAUUGCAAUGUUUUGUGGGAAGUUAAAUAUGCAUGUGAACAUUCAGACUGGGAAAUGGGAACCUGACCCAACAGGCACCAAGAGCUGCUUUGGAACAAAAGAAGAAGUUCUUCAGUACUGUCAGGAGAUGUAUCCAGAGCUACAGAUCACAAAUGUGAUGGAAGCAAAUGAGCCGGUCAGUGUUGACAAUUGGUGCCGGAGGGACAAAAAGCAGUGCAAGAGUCACAUCGUGAUACCUUUCAAGUGUCUUGUGGGUGAAUUCGUAAGUGAUGUUCUACUCGUUCCAGAAAAGUGCCAGUUUUUCCACAAAGAGCGGAUGGAGGUGUGCGAGAAUCACCAGCAUUGGCACACUGUAGUUAAAGAGGCCUGUCUGACUGAGGGGAUGACCUUAUAUCGCUAUGGCAUGCUGCUGCCGUGUGGGGUAGACCAGUUUCAUGGCACUGAAUAUGUGUGCUGCCCUCAGACAAAGACUGUUGAAUCGACUGUGUCAAAAGAAGAGGAGGAGGAUGAGGAGGAAGAAGAGGAAGAGGAUGAAGAGGAAGACUAUGAUAUUUACAAAAGUGAAUUUCCUACCGAAGCAGAUUUGGAGGACUUCACAGAAGCAGCUGUGGAUGAGGAUGACGGGGAUGAGGAAGAAGGGGAGGAGGUGGUGGAAGACCGUGAUUACUACUACGACACCUUUAAAGGCGAUGACUACAACGAAGAGAACCCUACCGAACCCAGCAGUGACGGGACGGUUUCAGAAAAGGAGAUUACUCACGACGUUAAAGCUGUCUGCUCCCAGGAGGCGAUGACGGGGCCCUGCCGGGCCGUGAUGCCUCGUUGGUACUUCGACCUCUCCAAGGGAAAGUGCGUGCGCUUUAUAUAUGGCGGCUGCGGAGGCAACAGGAACAAUUUUGAGUCUGAGGAUUAUUGUAUGGCUGUGUGUAAAGCGAUGAUUCCUCCAACUCCUCUGCCAACCAAUGAUGUUGAUGUGUAUUUCGAGACCUCUGCAGACGAUAACGAACAUGCCCGCUUCCAGAAGGCUAAGGAGCAGCUGGAAAUACGGCACCGCAACCGAAUGGACAGGGUAAAGAAAGAAUGGGAAGAGGCUGAGCUUCAGGCCAAGAACCUCCCGAAAGCAGAGAGGCAGACUCUCAUUCAGCACUUCCAAGCUAUGGUUAAAGCCCUAGAGAAGGAAGCAGCCAGCGAGAAGCAGCAGCUGGUGGAAACCCACCUGGCUCGGGUGGAAGCUAUGCUGAAUGACCGCCGCCGCAUGGCUCUGGAGAAUUACCUGGCUGCCUUGCAGUCCGACCCACCACGGCCUCAUCGCGUCCUCCAGGCCUUGCGGCGUUACGUCCGUGCUGAGAACAAAGACCGUCUGCAUACCAUCCGUCACUACCAGCAUGUGUUGGCUGUUGACCCAGAGAAGGCAGCCCAGAUGAAAUCCCAGGUGAUGACACAUCUCCAUGUGAUUGAAGAAAGAAGGAACCAAAGCCUCUCACUGCUCUACAAAGUACCUUAUGUAGCCCAAGAAAUCCAAGAGGAAAUCGAUGAGCUGCUUCAAGAACAGCGUGCAGACAUGGACCAGUUCACGGCCUCUAUCUCAGAAACCCCCGUGGACGUCCGGGUGAGCUCCGAGGAGAGUGAUGAGAUCCCACCAUUCCACCCCUUCCAUCCCUUCCCGUCCUUACCUGAGAACGAAGACACUCAGCCGGAGUUGUACCAUCCAAUGAAAAAAGGAUCUGGAGUGGGAGAGCAGGAAGGAGGACUGAUCGGUGCUGAGGAGAAAGUGAUUAACAGUAAGAAUAAAGUGGACGAAAAUAUGGUCAUCGACGAGACCCUGGAUGUUAAGGAAAUGAUUUUCAAUGCUGAGAGGGUUGGCGGCCUGGAGACAGAGCCGGAAUCCGUGGGGCCACUGCGGGAGGACUUCAGUCUGAGCAGCAGCGCCCUCAUCGGGCUGUUGGUCAUUGCAGUGGCCAUCGCCACGGUCAUAGUCAUCAGCCUGGUGAUGCUGAGGAAGAGACAGUAUGGCACCAUCAGCCAUGGGAUUGUGGAGGUUGACCCAAUGCUCACCCCAGAAGAGCGUCACCUGAACAAGAUGCAGAACCAUGGUUAUGAAAACCCGACCUACAAAUACCUGGAGCAGAUGCAGAUUUAA